UACCCUACUGUUGUAUUGACGUACUAUGUGUCACAGCCUAUUGGAACGGUCAGUUUGGUACUCUUUGAAGACAAAGGCCUACGCCGCACUGUCUCUGCAUUACUUUUACCUCCGUUGUUUCAGUAAUAUAUACUUUGUAUUUUUUCUUACAAAUGCAACAUUUCACCCAACGCCUUCUAAUUCAGGCCGUUUACCUUCAAAGGGUUUUAGUCUAGGCCUUCAGAUAAUAUUACAGUUUUGAAUGGAGGUUGUCAGCGUUUUAUUUGCUUGCUAAAGCGCUCUGGCAGGUAAUACUGUGACAUGGUCAUCUUUUUGUUGUUAUCAUAAUACGCCAUUACCAACAAUCCACAUUAGCCAAAAGCCAUCAGUUUGACCCAAAGUCGUUCAACCAAAAGUUUUAUGUAACAGAAAAAUAUGAAGAAAGAAGGUAUACUGUUUAUGCAUAGGUUUCAACGUGUGCGUAACUGGAUAAUACGGCGACCAUACCUCUCUCACCUCUCACAUGAUCCUACAUCAUUUAUGAGGUUGCUGUGUUUGGUAACCGAGAGGAUUGGGGGUGAGGAUGUAGUGUGGUGCUGAAAACUUCAAAAUUAAACUAUUUAUAUUUUGACAAACAACCACAAACGAUAGUCUUCUGUUAGAUAGAGAGAGAGAGAUCUGUGGUCAAUGCAUUGAAAUUAGAAACCCUUCAAAGUAGAUGGAUAUAUCUCUGAGGUUCCAGGCCCUUGUCUGUGUCACCAAAUGCAAUGCCUCAAGUACCUGGCAGUGGAUCAAGUUUUGUAACAGCAAGUCUCAAGUUCUUACUGACCCAUCUCUAUUUGUCUCUCUGUCUGUCUCUCCCCCCUCUGUUUUAAAUCUGGUUACUAUAGCAACAUCUGAACUGCAGGAGUUCUUGGCCAGGGCAAGGGGAGGAACCAUCCGAAUAGUCAAGAUUGUCAUCAGAGAUGAGGAGUUGGUGCUUGGCUCAUACAGAGAGCCUGUACAGAGCUGGGACAAGGAUUAUGACCACUUCCUGCUUCCACUGCUGGUUGCCCAGGAGCCCUGUUACAUCCUGUACCGCCUUGACUCCCAGAAUGCACAGGGCUAUGAGUGGAUCUUCAUUGCUUGGUCACCUGACCAAUCACCAGUGAGACUGAAGAUGGUGUACGCUGCCACCCGCGCCACGCUGAAGAAAGAGUUCGGCGGAGGCCACAUCAAAGACGAGAUGUUCGGCACCAGCGAGGAUGACCUGUGUUUCCAGGGUUACCUCCGCCACAUGUCCUCCUGCUCCUCCCCGGCUCCCCUCACAGUGGCUGAACAGGAGUUGCAGCAGAUUAGGGUCACAGAGGACAAAGUUGUGUGGGAUGAACGUAGGCGACAAAGUACACCUACGGCGAGAGCGAAGGUGACCAUGGAGUUUGGCUUGGAUAAAAGGCAACACAACAUGCAAGGCUUGGUGUUCCCUCUUCAAGAAGACGCAAACAUUGCUCUGGAGCAACUUCAGCAAAGAAGAAUUAACUACAUCCAGCUGCGGUUGGACAUACAGAAGGAGACCAUCGAGCUAGUCCACACCAAGCCCACAGAGAUACACGACCUUCCACUCAGGAUCCCCAACGACACGCCCAGAUACCAUUUUUUCAUCUUCAGACACUCCCACCAAGGCCAGCAGCAGGAGGCGUUGGUCUUCAUUUACUCCAUGCCAGGAUACAGCUGCAGCAUCAAAGAGAGGAUGCUGUACUCCAGCUGUAAGAACCGACUACUGUUUGAGGUGGAGAGAGACUACCAGCUAGAGAUCGCCAAAAAGAUGGAGAUCGACAGCGGGGAAGGCUUGACCGAGGACUUCCUGUACGAGGAGGUCCACCCCAUGGAACACACUCUAAAGCAGGCCUUCGCCAAGCCCCGCGGCCCUGGAGGGAAGAGAGGCAACAAACGCCUCAUCAAAGGCACUGGAGAGAAUGGAGAGGAGAGCCUGGCCCUCCCUGCUGUAUUUCUACUCUGUUUUCUUCCUUUACUUGGAACUAAAAGCCCUUGAGAUACUAUUAUUGCCUCGUAUCCCCUCCCUAAAAGGCCUAGUGAUAAUCAGCUAAUGUCCAUUGUUUUACAUUACCUAUUAUCAUGUAUUGUCACAUAUUAUUUUAACUUAAAAUAAAAUAUUUUUUUUCUGUA